UGGAGUUGAAACGAAAAAGAUCCAUGCAGGCCGGAAAAGUGACCAUGGAGGAGCAAAAUCGAGUUAACAGGAUGUUUCAAAAAGUUAUCAAGAUAAUUCGAACGACUGUAAAAAGUGACGUACCGGACCAGUUUUUUUCGAAGAGCGAAGAGCUAGACAUACUGGGCAAAACAGUUCUUGGUACACUAGGUUUGGAAGAAUCCAAAACAGGACAGCAGACGUUGUCGGAAAUAGUGUUCAAGGGCCCAACCAACGUCAUAUCCGGAGCAAAGGAUAUUGUGCUGGAUCAAUUACAUACGAGGAACGUGCCGGCUCUACUGAUGUAUAAAGACGGUGAGCUGUGGUCCCUGCUGAAAAGAGUCUUCUCCUGGUUGAGGAAAGAGAGGCAAAAGAACGAGUUCAUCGUCAAACAACUCCUCAACUCCAUAACGCUACAGUUGAAGACCCUACAGAAUGGGUCCGCUAGUACAAACGAUGCGGACGAGGAGGAUAUUGGGGAUGUUAUAGUAUCCCAGCUGCUAAAUAUUGGGUUUGUGGAGAUGCUCUGUUCGCUCAUCAGCAGGAACAUAUCUGCUCAGCCUGCUAUCAGUUGCCUUUGUUAUCUUCUCCAGUUUUCUGGAGCUCAAAAGCAGAUGUUGCAAGUGUGCAUGUCGAACGAGGAACCCAUUUUUGAAUGGGUUUGGGAUCAAAUUAACACAGCUGUGUCAGGAUAUAUUCAGUUCAACAUGGCGCGUAACGUGAUGCUGAGUGCUGCCAGACCCAUCAUCGACAUAGACACGGCCACUCCCCACAUGAGACUGGCUGUGCAGUUCAUCGGCAGGCUCAGCAACAAGACCUCUAAGAUUCAGGACUAUCUGAGAAACCAGCACAACAAGAUCGUAUCACACAACUUUCUGUCAGUGCUCCUAACCCUACUCAGAACAAUUCCUAAACAUGAUCUUAUCGAGGCGAGUAGCAACUGUCAGAUACGAAUGAAACAACACAACAAAAUGAUUGUAGACACAUUAGUGGCUCUAGGUGAUAUGCUGUCGACAAACACUACAGCGAAAGAGUAUGCAAUAGAAAUGGGGAUUAUUGAGAGCACAGAUAGGCUCCUGGUGGAUAUCAGUUCUCUAGACAGUUCAGGUGAUGAGAACCCAGGUGACGAGAACCCAGGUGAUGAGAACCCAGGUGAGGAGAAUAACAUCAAGCCCGGACUGUCCACUGUGUCCGUGGAAGAUGUUCUCAGGAUUAGAAUUAACUGCUACGAUGUUUUGGUCACCUUGCUGGAGUACGAUCAGAAGCUGUUAGAUGUUGGAGAAAAGAUAUCAGAUGUAAUGAGUGUCAACGAUUUAAAGUUGUCAGUCGUCAAUCAAUUGAAAAUCUUAAACCAAAAAAGCUCACCAGAGUUAAGAGAGCUGUCUUCAAUGGCGGCUUUUAAGGGUUACAAUGUCCUGAAGAAGAUAGAAGGUAUGGAAGGAUUCUCAGCAAAGGACAAAUCUGUUCCCGAUAUAGACAAAACCAUUGCGGAAGACGUCACGAUAAAAUCAGUGGAGGUGAUGUGGAGAAAUUCUCUGGAGAAACUGUACUUCCCAAUCCAGAAUGGUCACGAAGACCUGAUACGGAGAAAAGUAAAGGAUCAGAUGUUGUGGGGAUUGUCCAGGAAAACUCUCACUGAUAAGAACGUGGACUUCCUUGGCUGGUCGGAAGAGAUAAUAAAAGACAUGAAGAACAUGUACAACCUCAAACAAAUACCGAUAGUGAAAGAGUUGGUCGGACUGGAGUUUCUCUGGGAUUGGCUUGUUCUUCUACUUGCUAUCGUCAUACAGCUGUGGUUGUUGGUAGAUUUGGAAGAUUUCGGAAUGAGAACUAGCGGCGACAAAACGUGCGGAGAAGGGAGUCUGACGAAUAUGAUUGAGAUAAAGAACUUUCCUGCAGAUAAUAACUCAACUAAUGUUUGUGUGAGCAAGGUCUUUUCUAAGGCUCAUGACAUUUUAGGGGCUGUACACCUCGCAUCCACUAUUCUUCUUGCUGCAACCUACGCGACAACUAACUGGCACCGCUUCGACCAUCCAACAUUCAAUUGGAGAGCUUUUAUCUGGGGACAGAGCUCAGAGCAAGCCAACGCCCACAAGAACACAAAACACAGGAUGAAGAUUGACAUCACUUCCUUCUACAAUGUCUGGCUUCUUAUAAUGAUUAGUUGCAGUGCUCUUGGAAUACUUUUUCACGGUCAGCUGUACUGUGUACACUUGAUGCAUAUAGUGGCUAUGUUUGAUCUCCUCACCAGAGUAAUACGAGGAGCCACUGCCAACAGAGACCAACUUUUGGUGAUAAUACCGUUUGCAGUGUUUAUUAUCUACAUCUACUCCAUGAUUUACUUUACAUUCGCUCGCUCCAUGUUUGAUAACGACAAGAUGGAGUACUGCAACACGUUGGCUCAAUGUUUUAGUACAGCCAUCAGAUACUCAAUGAGAAACAGCAAUGGUGGCCAUAACUACAGUUGGACUGAUAAAAAAGCGUUUACUGACAUGUGGAUCAGAAUAGCAAUUGAUGUUUCAUUCUGGCUCAUCUACUCCAUCAUUGGUAUAAAAGUGGUCACUGCCCUGGUCAUAGACGGCUUUACAUCACAAAAGAAGUUGAGAAAAACCUCAUUGGAGGACAUGAGCGGUGUUUGUUCCAUCUGUGGGCUCACAAAAGACGAGGUUUCUGGAAAAGGAAUUGACUGGGACACUCACAAACAGGAACAUAACUUGUGGUCUUACGUCAACCUGUUUUAUUACCUUAAAAAUAAUAAGAGGUCCUCAAAACUGUCAGCUAUUGAAGACGAGGUGCUAGAAAAAUUUGAGAGAGGCGAAAUAUCGUUUCUCCCUCGUAAAACAUCCUUAUCCUGGAAGCGUGUCAUUAAAGAACGUGAAGAUAUGCGGGAAAAAGAGAGGAUCUUUUAAAUUACAUGUCGAUCAUAUCGAAACCCCAGACACAUCCAGAUUUUGACGAUGCUUAUUAUGUAAAUUGUAAUUAGUUGUAUAUUCAGAACUUUUUAUCUAUUUACG